CUAUAUCUCUCAUACCUACCAAGCUUAGAUACAUCGACAUGGUCGCUGACGCUUCACAAAGAACGUCAACAUUAUGCCAAUCUACGACAAAAGUAUAUUACAAGUCCAACUUCGGAUUCUGAAAAUGAUAAUGCAAACGAUUUAGCGGUAAACAAUCCAUUAUCGUUGGAUCAGGCAAAUCCAUGGCAAGAAUAUUUUAAGGAUACAGAACUGCGAAAGAUCAUCCGUCAAGAUGUGGAACGCACGUUUCCGGAUAAAGAAUAUUUCCAUUCAUACACAUGUCAAACACGUUUAUUAGAUAUCUUAUUUAUUUACUGUAAGAUGAAUCAAGACGUUUCCUAUCGCCAAGGCAUGCACGAGCUAUUGGCACCGAUUUUAUGGGUAGUGGAUCACGAAAGUUUACCCAGCGGCCGAGGAUAUGCUGUGGACAGUGGCGAAGAUGCGAUAAUAAAACAAGCUCUGAAUGCAGAUUUCGUUGAGCACGAUACAUUUGCUCUAUUUUCUUUAUUAAUGAAAUCCGCUAAAGUCUAUUAUGAGUACAACGAUGAGGUGUUCAAUAGAAGACCUAUAAAGCGUCCGCAAAGUUCAGAUCUUGAAAAUGCUAGAUUAAUAGCCACCGCUCAAGCAGAGGCCGCGAAACUUACACCGGUGGUUGUGAAAUGUAAUAAAAUCCAUGAGGAAUAUCUACGAAAAGCGGAUCCGGAAUUAUAUAAACAUCUCAAAGAUUUGGAGAUUGAGCCUCAAUUAUAUGGAAUACGGUGGAUACGUUUGUUAUUUGGCCGUGAAUUUCCCCUUGAUCAAGUACUAUUAUUAUGGGAUGGAAUGUUUGCUGAAGAUCCCACGUUACGAAUCGUUGAUUUU